AUGCAGGAGGCGAGCGUGGUGAUGAGGACAGCGGCUGAGGCUGGAGCAGUGAAGGAGAAGGAGAAAUGUGAGGUAAAAUAUAUAUUCAUUACGGAUCCGGGACCGAUACAUCUCGACGUUUUGUACCUCCAGCCCAUACCAGACAUCACCAUGGUCGAUCAUUCCCAGAGUCAUUCGGCUUGGGUCUUUAUGGAUGAGAGAGUACUACAACUGAUAGCUCAGGCCGGGUUUCGGGAGUGUUUGACAGUGAGAUAUAUUAGGCUUGAUUGGUCCCUUAUCACUGCACUGAUUGAGAGGUGGAGGCCAGAAACCAAUACCUUUCACAUGCAUAUAGGGGAGUGUACCAUCACCUUACAGGACGUAGCCGUCAUACUUGGGCUCUGCAUCGAUGGCCCGGUAGUUACGAGCAGCGAUGACCAUAAUUGGGCUGAGGUAUGUGCUAGGCUUCUUGGUCAGGUUCCCGACUUGAGGAGUAGUGCGAUGAAGCUAUCGUGGCUUCGUCAGACAUUUCAGAGAGACAUACCAGCAGAUCCCUCCAUUGAGACGCUUGAGUUUUAUGCUCGUGCGUACAUACUACACACGAUAGGGUGCAUGCUAUUUCCUGAUGUGAGCAAGACUCUUGUACAUGUACGAUGGCUGCCACUGCUGUAGGAUUUUGGUGUAUGCGGCGGCGUACUAUCGUAGGGGUAGUGCGGUGUUGGCAUACUUGUAUAGAGAACUGGGUAGAGUAUCCUUAAUGCAGAAUAAAGAAUUCAAGGGAUGUUACACGUUGAUCCAGAUUUGAUCAUGGGAACGCAUUCAUAUUGGUAGACCAACUUUGCUUAUGCACCGUGACUUACAGGGACAGUUUCCUUUGACAUACAAGUAUACUUGUCCAUACAAUUUUAUUC